UGAAUAUUUUAACGUGCCACUCAAACGUCAACGUUAGUUUAUUUGUAACAUUUGUGAGCAGCACAUCUGAAGUGAUUUGCGAUCAUUAUUUGUUGUUUUUUUUCGUGUUCCUCGAACGUCGUAAUAAAUAGAAAUUGAAAAUAAAAAAAGGUCACAUCAUGUCAUUCGUUCGGAUUUUAGUUGGAAAUGUAAAAACAUUUGCAAAUCCAAAAUUUAUUGCAGUUCGUCAAUUUGCAAGUGCUUCUUCAUCAUAUGAAUUCAUAAAAACGGCUGUUGUUGGUGAAAAAAAUAAUGUGGCUCUGGUUACAUUGAACCGCCCAAAAGCGUUGAAUGCAUUGUGCAAUGGAUUAAUGACUGAAUUGAAUCAAGCACUUCAAACAUUCGAUAAGGAUGAUAAUAUUGCUGCAAUCGUAUUGACAGGCAGUGAAAAAGCAUUUGCUGCUGGUGCCGAUAUUAAGGAAAUGCAAAAUAAUACGUAUUCAAAUAGUAUUCGAACAAAUUUCCUAGCCGAUUGGACGAAUGUGACACGCAUUCAGAAGCCAAUUAUUGCCGCUGUUAAUGGUUAUGCCCUUGGCGGUGGAUGUGAAUUGGCAAUGAUGUGCGACAUUAUUUAUGCUGGCGAUAAAGCGAAAUUUGGUCAACCAGAAAUUGCAAUUGGUACAAUUCCCGGUGCUGGUGGUACUCAACGAUUGACACGUGUUGUUGGCAAAUCAAAAGCAAUGGAAAUUUGCUUGACCGGUAAUAUGAUCGAUGCAACGGAAGCCGAAAAAUCGGGUUUGGUCAGUAAAGUCUUUCCGGCCGAUCAAUUGGUCGAUAAUGCCGUUAAAUUGGGCGAAAAAAUCGGAACACACUCACCAUUGAUUGUACAAUUGUGCAAAGAAUCCGUUAAUACAGCAUAUGAAACGACAUUACAAGAGGGUUUGAAAUUCGAAAAACGCACUUUCCACGCAACAUUCUCAACGAAAGAUAGAUUAGAAGGAAUGACAGCCUUUGUAGAGAAACGGGCUCCAAACUUUAAAAGCGAAUAGUAAAUGUUACGCCGGAACUCUGAAUAGACAACAACUCUGAAUCUGUUAUUUACAACCAAUGAUGGGAUGGGUGCAUUUAUAUACUUUUUAAAAAAAUGCGAAAACAAAACAAAAGAACACAAAAAAAAACUGUACAAUAAAAAAGCGAAUAUUUUUUUAUCAGAUAAUUUCA